AUGAGGAAGGUGGUGCAGCUAAACAGGGACACGCGGUACGCGCCCUGCUGGAGGUGCGCCCCUUCCUUGCUCGAGGACGACGCCGUCGGGGGCUUGGUCCGCCAGCGCAGUGCGGGCAGCAAUGCACCCGCAGGGCGCAGCAGCGACAAGGCCCCUUUUCAGGCAAAAUGCGCGCUCGUGCUGGCCGUUGCUGGACAGGGCUUGGACUGGCAUAGGUCCUGGCUCUUGUCCGAGGAGGAGUACCAGAAGUUCAAGAACAGGCUGUUCACACGCAUGGACAGUAACAACACGGCCGGUGUGAGCGACAACUUCAUCUCCCGGGCCGAAUUCGAUGCAUGGUGCAUUGGGCAUCAGAGCGAAAUCCAGCAGGCACCGACCCGCUUCCACGGACUGCUCCACGAAGACGUGAGGGAAAGGACGUUCGAUAAGUUCGAUAUGGACGAGAACCAGGUGUUGUCCAGGGACGAGUUCGACACAUUCAUUUGCAACCUUGACCGGGAGUACAUCAAGUUUCUCCUACGGUCUGAGCAAAUAGGUUUUCGUGCCUACUGGGGUCGAGGGUUGUCCACUGUGGAUUUUUCAGUCCAGAGUCGCGAUGACGCAAUACACAUGCUGAAGCGCCUGAUGCAUGGCAGUGCGGGGACGGCGGAUGUGGACAGAGAGCUGGCGCCACCACCCUCAGAGUACGUGCAGGUCAGGGAGAAAGAGUACGAGAGUGCCGACUCUCCAGCCUUCAAUCACACGUUCAUCUUCGGCCGUGACGAGGAUGCACCUCUGAAGUUCGGAUUGUUUGCCCCUGGCUGGUGGGAGGACUUCAAAUACUACGCCGCGAACAACCACUCUCUGUUCGGCAUCUUCGUGUGCGACAGGUACCACCCGCUGGACUGGAAAGAGCGGCUCAUGAUGGAGGUAAGCUCGUUCUUCUACAGCUGGCUCGCGCUCGGGGCCUUCGUCCACGUCGCGUGCCGCGAGAGCACCGGCGCCAGUUUCGCGCACCAUCACGUCACGUGCUUCAGGGCCGUUCAUCACCACGCGCAGACUCAGGGAGAUCUUCUUGACAAGUUCCUGUUUUCCGCUUUCAACCUGGUGCCGGGGAUGCUCUGGUGGCAGCUCCUCUUCCACCUCUACGCGGCGCCCUGCGCCAACGUUCAUGAGGCGCAGAUGGCGGUUGCCGAUGUUUACCAGAAGAGGUAUCUACGGCGGGCGAGCGAGCUGUGCGCGCACAUUCUUGUUUUGAUCACCUGUUGUUUGCCCGUGUGCUACGGUGUGUUGGCUUCCACAGACGCGGAUGAUGCCAUGCAGGUUUUGAACCGUGACGUCUCCCGUCUGGACCGUGUUCUCCCGCAUUUGGCCGUAACCAUGUUCAUUUGUUGGGGGCGCGUCCAGGCGUGGACUUUAAGGUUGCUUGCAAUGUUCUUGAUACCCUUCAACCCACUUGUAACACUAGGGAAUCCGAGUGCCGUAUCCAAGCGUACAGGGCUGGACAGGUUAGAGUUUCUUGCCGUAGGGAAGUGGAGAUUGCAAAAGUUGAGAUUCAAGUACCAGUGCUUUCACGGUCUCCGAGCACUGGAGAAUGAGCAGGGAACAUUUUUUCCCCUCACCCCAAGGCCAUCCUGA